GCUGGUCACGCACCCUCCGAUAAAAGCUCCCAGGCCACAGAACUCAUCGCUUGCGCUCCUAGCCCCAGCCGGCGCCUUCAUCAGCGUACUCAUCCACAGAAGCGCCAUUUCGCCCGGUGCUGAACAGUGCUGGCCGACAUGUGUUGCGGAAAUGCUGAAUGGAAGAGAGAAGAGGUGCCGGAUCACAAAUUUGACUUCAUUGAUGUCCGAGACUACUGGACUAAUGGGUUCUUGACCCGAUUGAGGUACGGCAUCCUGUACCUGCUGGUAGCCAAGUCAAUCGCGGUGUACAUCGCAGAUAUCUACACUGCAAUCACGCUGCUUGCACUAAACCAUUUCGCCGGAUCGCUCUACCAGAUCGCUCAAGAUGGCGGCAACGAUAGCUGGAGCGUUCCCUUGGUGUACGGUAAAUGGGUGUUUUUAGGGUGCAUUCUCUUUGGUUUCUUGCUGCUGGCCUACGAAGCCCACAAGGCUAGGGCAGUCAUUCGCAGCAGAGAUAUCAGCUACGCCUACACCAACGUCAUGGCUAACAACUACUACAGUCUAAGAUCCUACGAGCACUUUUGCUUCUUUUGUCAGAUCAACAACUCCAAGAAGAAGAAGGACGAGUUCGCUUUCUUCAUCUUCUUCACUUUCAAAGGCUGGAAACGUCUCCUCGUCGCUGAUGGCCCAAGACAAGUCAUCAACGCCUUGACGCUGGUUGCUGUUGGCCACAAAGUGCACUGGUCUAGCAACGUGGCAGACUACUACGACAACAACAUUUGGACUGCAGUGCUACUGCUUACCAUGAUUUUCACGGUGUUGGUCUUUGCUGCCAGCGCCAUCAUGCUGAUCAUCGCUGCUAUCAUGUACGUGCCUCUCAUCUGCUACAUCAAGGGCAACCUGAAGGAGUACUGUUGCCACAAGAUCGACAAACGUAUCGCAGAAUUGGUGCAGAAGAAGAAGAAGCAGAGGCUUGCAAGACAUGCCGCCAUUGCGCGAGCAGAAGCAGAGGGUGACUUCAGCCAUUUGAAGAACAAGAAGGGAGAGAUCAUCGGCAAGGCGAUGCAACAGCCAACGCUUCCACAAGUGGACGUCGACUUGUUCGGUGAUGACACCAAGUCUCCGCGCGGAAUGAUCGGCAAUGGGCGACCUGCAAGUGUCGCUUCAUCUCAAAUACCUUACGGCAUGAGCGAAAAAGGUUUCUACGAUCAGGGCGAAGUGGGCUCGAACGCGCAUCUCGCGAUGAAUGCUGGGGCGCCAGGCUACGCCCCAGGGUAUGGAUCACCAUCAUUGCCGCCUUCUGCGCACACGAGUCCCGACGCGCAUCCAUUGCAUUUCAGAGGUCGGGGCUCGGAUCAAAGGCCAGGAAGUCCGUCCGCAGAUGUACUUGCCUCGAUGGGUCCGAUCGGCACUUCACCUGCUUUCUACGCACAACGUGUGACUGGCAGAGGCAAUGGCGGUCACUUGGCAGAGGGCGGCCAUGAAGAUGCAGCCUACUCGCAUGCGGGACCGCACGGACGUUCGCCCUUAUCGCCCGCUUAUCCACCCCCCGAAGCUUACAAUGGGCAGGGUCUUGGCGGUCGUCCUAGCGCCAGACAGCACUCAAACUAUGCCGACUACCCACCCGACUCAGCAGGCCCUGGACCCGCCGGUAAUGGCCCUGCAGAUUUGAGCGCUUUUGCUCCGUACGAUGAUCGAUCGGCUCGCGGCCCGAGCCCAGUUCCUUCUUAUGGACCGGCGGAUGUUCUCAACAUGUACACCCACGAAGAACAGCACAACGGACAACUCAAUACGGGUAUUCACGGCAAUCGUUCGCAGCAACCUUCCGCGAUGGGCGAGUGGGACCAGUAUCAUGACGGUCUCGAUACGCCUCGCGGAGAUGUAGGAGCUUCGAACGGUGGCUACCUGCACGAAGGUAGCACAGCGGUGCAGGAUGCCCAGUAUGCUGGCUACGACCAGGCUCAGGCCGCGCAAUGGGAUGCUUACGAUCAAAUGGCGCAGCAAGAGCAAGCAGAUCAUGGCGCCCAUCAGCAAGAUCAAGGUCAGCAGCAACAAUACUCUCAUGAUCAAUUUGGCGGUCAGCAGCACGGACAGUGGGAUCAAGGGUACCAACAGGGCGACGAUGGGUACUAUCAUCAAGGUGGACACGUCCAGACAUCCGCAUAUCAUACGCAGCAAGAUUCUCAAAGCUACCGCGCAAGAUGACAGAGGCGACCCAGCGACAGCUGCCCCUACGACUGUUCAAGCUCCGACUCGCACCCUCACGCUCAUUUGUACACUGCUUCGCAACGCUCGCAAUCCCUUUGCCAAUUUCAGCUGCGCUUUGCUUCUCUCUUCUCGCCCAAGUUCCUGUCCACGAGUCGCACUUUUCCAUUCUUCUAAUUCUCAACCUCACUCCA